AUGUUUUUCACAUUUCAGUCUGCCGGUCAUGCCAAAUGGGAAAAAGCUGACAUCCUUGAAAUGACAGUCGACUACCUCAAGAAACUACGAGCUUUGAGAGGUCAUACACCGACAUUCAACGUCGCUGCCACAUUGGAGGACACGUUGUCCACGCAUGGCGUAAAGGAGUGCGAUUCUACGCCUACAUCAGCUGUGUCGUCACCAUCCAGUACCGAAUCCACUUCCGAAGGUCCGACUGCUGCUAAACGACGAAAAACCGCUGCUGUACCGUCUCCAUCCAAUACGGAAGAGUCACGUUCUCUUGCACCAGCACCAUCAUCACCAACACCAAGCAGUCUGACAACCUUAACUCCCACAAGGAUACCUCCCACGGUUAUGGCACCGAAUUUACGGCCUCCACCACCAAACUUCAGUUUCAUGGCUCAACACUUGCUAGCCUUACAAUACCAACAAAACCUAAAAAUGGCAGCUAUCGCUCCUGGAAUGGUAUCUGCUAUCACACCAGUACAUCCUUUUGCGGCCAUGACGGCAAUCCCAUGGAGAACUAUGUAG